AUGCUGCUCUGGGUGUUCUUCCUCGUGACCCUCACCCUCAGCAGCGGCUCCCACGGUUCCCUGCCCUCCCAGCCUCUCAGGAUCCCACGGUACGCAGAUGCCAUCUUCACUAACAGCUACCGGAAGGUUCUGGGCCAGCUGUCUGCCCGCAAGCUACUCCAGGAUAUCAUGAACAGGCAGCAGGGAGAGAGAAACCAGGAGCACGGAGCAAAGGUACGGCCUGGCCGUCAGGUGGACGGCGUGUGGACAGACCAACAGCAGAUGGCAUUGGAGAGCAUCUUGGUGAGCCUGCUGCAGGAGCGCAGGAAUUCCCAAGGAUGAAGAUUCUGCCUCUAUUUUCUGCUCCCUGCAGCUGAGACACAACUGCAUCCAUUAAUCCUUUUUAAUUUCUGACCUAGUUUUUCCUUUAUAAAUACAAUAAAAUUCCCCC